CAUCCAUGUCUUUGGGGACCUCUGAUCUCCUUAUGAACUCAACAUUCAUCUAGAAGACAUUUCCCGCACUCAAGGCACUAAUACACUUCCAGGGUUGUGUGGGACCCCUGAUGUACAGGAAGACAGGACUUCAGAGAGGAACAAUUCCCUCACUCAGGACAGGAAAGUGGCUUCUCCCCCGUGUGAGAUCUCUUAUGUCUGUAAAGAUUGGACUUAUCUGCAAAACAUUUCCCGCACUCAAUACAAAAGUAUGGCUUUUCCCCCGUGUGAGACCUUUGAUGUUUGACAAGCUUUGGUUUUUGUGCAAAACAUUUCCCGCACUCAGAACAGAAAUAUGG